AUGGCAACAACAAAACAAGCAAGUACUCCAGAAGCAGCAAGUGCUGGAGGGGAAGACCCCAAGAACAACAACAGCAACAGUACUAGAUUAUCAAAGACCACCGCUUGUUUACCGAUUGUUCAUGGAAGUAUAGCUUUUUAUCUCGGAAAGAAAGCCGAUGAAUUUCAGACUCACGAAUGGACAUUGUUUGUGAGAGGUCCACACCACGAAGAUUUGAGCCCUGCCAUCGCCAAAGUCGUCUUUCAAUUGCAUCCUUCCUUUGCACAACCUGUUCGAGAAUUGACGCAACCGCCUUUUGAAGUAACAGAAAGAGGAUGGGGAGAAUUUGAAGCACAAAUACGAAUUGUGUGGACGGAUCCAUCCGAAAAAGCGACAGUGAUAAAUCACGCACUCAAGUUGUAUCCACCUGGUUCACCGCCAAAUGUAUUGCCCAAAGAUGAAAAUGCACCACCAGUCAUUGCGGAAAGCUACGACGAAGUGGUCUUUACAGACCCAAAUGAAAAUUUCUUUCGUCAGCUACUGCAUAUUCCAAAGGCCCCAAAAGUAGAAUCCUCGCAACAAGAAUGGUUGACCGAAUGCUUUGCAGACGAAACAGAUUUCUUGACCUUGGCAGGUGCCCAAAAGUUUCUGGAAGAAGAGUUAGAAACGGUCAAGGAACGUUUUCAAGUCGUGUCGGAGGAAUAUGAAGUGGUGGAUCGGGAAUACACAGCAGCCAUGCAAAAGCAUCAGCAGCAACAAGCAGCUAACAAAAAGAGCAAAGGAGGGGGUGGAAAACGAACAACGAAGAAAGCUAGAACGUCAUAA